UAGCGAAAAUAUAAGCCGAAUAUUUACUCAUCGUGCGGUGUAUUCAUCUAAUUUGUGGUUGUAGUGCGGCAUAUUCGUGUAGAAGACCGCAAUGAAAUAUAUCCUAAAUUGAAACAGACGUAAAAGUUAAAUAUUUAAUACAUGAACGAGUGCUUGAAAAGUGACCAACAGUCUACCGCUCAUGAUAAAGCUUUUUUUUGUGAUUGAUGCUAUUCACACAGUGCCAGGGCGUACAAUUAAUAGCAUCGUCGAAGAUGGCUUCUAAAGCAAAAAUUGUCGUAAAAAUCGAAGAAGAUAUCCGAAUAUCAAUACACAGGCAAAUAGAUCUGUUUCUUCAGGACGAGAAUCAGCUGGAAUACGAUUUUCCAUCAGAUCUUACCAAUCAACAUCGGGCGUACAUUCACGAAUACGUGCGGAACAAGCAAUUGAAAUCGAGAUCCCACGGAAAAGGGGAAAACAGGUACUUGACUAUAUGCAAGACAGGCUUGCCGGAUGUUACACACGAUGAUGCUGCGCUAAAUGUAACACCCGAAUCGUGUGUGAUGCUAAACAAAAUCGAGAAGUCCUACAACGCGUUUCGUAAGCCUUGCAAGCGUUUGGGAAAAGGAACACCUAUUCAAUCACAUUCCAUCAAUGUUACUUCGGUCUCGCCUUCGAUACCACCACUGCCGACUGGUUGUGAGGAGAUACAAGCCGUCCGUAAGCGAUUGCCCAUAGCGCAGUUUCACCAGGAAAUACUAAAGUGUAUACAACAAAACCAAGUCAUUAUAAUAUCGGGAAACACUGGAUCUGGCAAAACUACACAAGUUCCUCAGUAUAUUUUAGAAGAAGCUGCACAAAAAACCCAACCCUGUCGGAUCAUUUGCACGCAACCUAGACGCAUCAGUGCAGUCACAGUAUCGGAACGAGUAUGUUACGAAAGGAAUGAACAGUUGGGCGAUACGGUGGGUUAUCAAAUUCGAUUGGAAAGUCGGGUAAAAUCUACCACGAACGCUUUGUUUUGUACGAACGGUGUAUUGCUUCGGUGUUUGAUGGGUAAAGGGUGUUCAAACUUUCUGAAAAAUAUUACACACAUCAUCAUUGAUGAAGUUCACGAACGAGAUCAGUAUUCCGAUUUUCUACUGAUAGCUUUGAAGGACAAUUUGUCGAAAAAUCCACACCUUAACAUUAUUCUGAUGUCUGCCACUAUAGAAUCAGACACAUUUUCGAAAUAUUUUAACAACUGUCCAGUUAUUGAGAUACCGGGCAGAUUGUUUCCAAUAGAAAUCGUUUUUCUUGAAGAUGUUUUGUUUAACAUUGAAACCUGUAACCAUAAUGUAAGAGAUGUCCGCACGAGAAUAAUCAAAAACACGGAAGGGCAAUUUGGCGAACGAUUUAAACCGAUAACAGUUAAUAUGGAUGACGAAACAAUUUUAUUGAUGAACGAUAUUUUGGAGAUUUGUUGGAUAGAGAACAAUCCCAAUGAUUUUCGUAACUUUUUUGUACUGAUCGAGGAGGAAAACAUUCCAAUCGACUUUCAGCAUACCGAAACACAAAUGACUGCCCUAAUGAUUGCAGCUGCUAAAAAUUACACUGAAAUCGUGCAAAAGCUGCUGGAUAUGGGAGCGGAUCCUAACAUAAAGGAGAAGCAUAACUACAACGCUUACAAUUGGGCUUGCUUUGUGAAUGGAAGUGGUAAAUGUUCUGAUCUGCUGCAACAAGCGAUGGGGAAAAUCGAUUUACCAAAAUCGCGCAUAGUGACGCUGGCACCAAACGACGCCAAACUAUUGCUGGAUGCAUAUCAUACGUCCGUCGGUGACGAUAGGAUCGAUCAUAGUUUAAUCUUCGACAUUAUCAUGUACAUCUGCCACCAAAAGUCAGAAGGGGGCAUACUGGUAUUUUUGCCCGGUUACGACGACAUACAGGAGCAGUACGGGUUGCUAAGUAGCAAAGCGUCGAAUUUGCACUGCAUAAAAGUAUUGAUGCUGCACAGUAAAAUGCAAACGACCGAUCAGCAUUCCGUGUUCAAGCCCGUGCCUUCGGGAGUACGCAAAAUCAUUCUCUCGACCAAUAUUGCUGAAACGUCCAUAACGAUGGAUGACGUGGUGUACGUGAUCGACAGUGGCAAGGUGAAGCAAAAAUAUUAUGACUCGCUUACAUCUACUAGUUCGUUGGCCGCCACAUGGAUAUCGCAGGCUUGCGCCACACAACGUGCUGGCCGUGCUGGGCGUACGCGGCCGGGGACCUGUUUCCGGUUGUACAGCAGAACGCGCCACUGUGCGAUGGAUCAGUACACGUUGCCGGAAAUAUUGCGCGUCCCGCUUACAGAAAUAUGUUUGCAAACAGCAUUGAUAAUGAAGGAUGCAUCCAUACAGGAGUUUCUAAAGAAGGCAAUAACGCCACCGGCAGCAAUGAGCAUCAAGCAGAGUAUAAAAUAUCUCCAGAAGGUAGGAGCGUUGGAUGACGACGAAAAUGUAACCGAUCUGGGAUACACGCUAGCGGAGCUACCUGUCGACGCAAGGUUGGGAAAAAUGCUGCUGUACGGUAUAUUGAUGAAAUGUUACGAGCCUGUAUUGCUGAUUGUUUGCAUCUUGAGCGUAAAUGAUCUUUUCGUGAUACCUCCAUUUGCCGGCGAUAAGGAUAUGGCGAAAAAAAUGCGCCGUGAUUUGUCGGACAAUUCGUUUAGCGAUUGCUACUCGUUAAUUCGCGCCUACCAACGUUGGUUAGGCACUCGCUCCAUGCUGAAACGCAAAGAAUUGUGCAAUCGUUUGUUUUUGAAUCAUGGCAAGCUAACGAUGGUGCAUGAUUUGCGCAAUAAACUUCACGGACAUUUGUGUACGAUCGGAGUGGUUAAAUCUUAUGGGCCGGGUAAUGCACAAGAGCUAAAUGUGUAUGCCUACAAUUGGAGCUUAGUGAAAGGUAUAUUACUCGUAGGGCUGUACCCGAACGUGUGCUAUUUGGAAAAGUAUUCAAAAACCUUAAAGACACGCUUUGAGAAGAAAAUUUUUAUCCACCCGUCGUCAGUGGUAGGUGCAAAGAUUACAAAAAAGGCCAAAGAUAAGAACAAUGCACUUUCGCUGCCGAGUGAGUGGAUGACGUUUGAGGAAAAAUGUAAAACGGGUAGAGGUUCCAUGAUCCGGUGCAACACGGUCGUAUCACCAAUAACCAUAGCGAUAUUUGCCGGACCAUUUUCAAUAGACGAAACAGAGUGCAUCGUGCAGACGAAUGAAGACGACGAUGGUCAGGAACAGUGUCGAAUAGCAAUCGAUGAUUGGAUAAACUUAUCGGCAAAGGAAAAUGUUGCCAAGUCUGUACUGCACGUUCGACAAGCGUUAAAUGAGCUUUUUCUAAAAUUUAUUGAAAAUCCCAGAGCCCAUCAAUCGAAUCUGGAGGAGCUGAAGAUGUUAGAUUAUUUGGGCAGAAUACUUGCCGCGGAGGAUGAGUCGAUGCAAGUAACUAAUCAGUUACCAGAUUUUGCAAAACCUGUUAAUAAGCAACGGGAACCAUCGUGCGGAUAUCAAAGAAGGAGAUAAAAUUAUGACAGGAUUCGUAUUAGGUGCGCAACUAAGUAAGAAUUUGUUUCAUAUCCCGCUACAUUGAAUUUCUUAUUCAAAAUUUGCUUCAUCUUUUGAAGCAAUCCAAAAAUCAUGUCAAUUUUUCGAUUUUUCUUAUAUUACCUAUUAACUAUUAACAUCGUGAGGAACGGCCCGGAGGCAUGAUGGUAACGGCGCCGGUUUUUAUUGACUAUCCAGCUACUGGUAAAUAAAGCCACAAAAAGCCAGAAAUGGUAGACCUAGACCUACUGAGGUUGGUUGUGACGGAAGAGAAGAAGAAGGUUAACAACUGCAGGCAGUCCGCGAGAUACGCUAUUAUAGCGGAUCUUCGAAUCCGCGUAUAAGAGGAACUGCGUAUCUAUGGGACUGCCUGUAUUAAUGGAAAUUAAUGAUUAUUAAUAAAUUACUGGAUCCAAUUGAUGAAUAUUUCUUCUUUAUCGGCACAACAAACAACACCUCAAGAGGUCUAUGCCUGUUAUUUCCGGCUUCCGUUGACCGGACUUGUGUCAAGACCGACGUUUCGAAAUGAUAGACCAUACGAGAUUGAUAGACACAUCGGAUGCUUGGUCUUGGCCCCAGACAGAAAAAAAAAUUGGGAACGCAAUGUACUUGAAAACUGUUAUUUCUCAUUUGCGGUCAAUGUGUUACAAUUUUAAAGAAGUUUUCGUAUAACGAUUAAAAUACUGGAAAGGAGUAUACUCGUUGUAAAAGGGUUUGACUGUAUUCCCUCUUUUUGAAAAACGUACGUAUGUAUCACCGGGCCAUACGCGAAGCACAUGCGUCCUAGACAUUAGGAAAUUUG